AUGCUGCAAAAGGUCUAUGUCACGUACAACCAGGUCCACAAGCUAUGUCAAUCUUCUGCUGACCAGAUCCUCAAUGCGUUCCACCCAAACUUGAUGAUUGCUAUUGGUGGUGGUGGCUAUGUUCCUGCUCGCAUUCUCCGCUCGUUCCUCAAGCGCUCUGGCGAACCGAACAUCCCGAUCCAGGCUAUCGGGCUUUCACUUUACGAGGAUCUAGGCCGCGGCGACCCGGAAGAGGUCCCUGGUACAAAGGUUACCCGAACACAAUGGUUGGAUAUGAGCUCUCUAGAAAUGGCCAACCUAAUUGGGAAGAACAUUCUCAUUGUCGAUGAGGUUGAUGACACGCGGACGACUCUGGAAUACGCUGUCCGCGAACUGCAGAAGGAUGUUGAGAUUGCGCAGAAGCAACUUGGGCGGGAAGGCGAGAAGACGAACUUUUUCGUGUUUGUGCUACACAACAAGGACAAGUCAAAGAAGGGACAGCUGCCCACAGACAUGAUGGAGUCUGGCCGGUACCAUGCCGCCGUCACAACUGAAGAUGUUUGGAUCUGCUAUCCUUGGGAAGCUAAGGAUAUUGAGGAGCACGAUGCGCUAGCUAAGGCAAACCCUCUUGUUUAA